GUGACUGUCAUUAUCACGGAAUCAAAUUCAUAUAUAAAGGGAAAAUGGUCACGGGGAUCAUCAACUCCCCCCUCUCACUUACCUUUAACCAACUUCCAACAGGACUUAUCAAGAACAAACCGUUAUUUAGCGAUUUUUCUUGGAAUCUUCUAACUCUUAUUAAACAUAAAUCAAAGAAAACUGUUUCUUCUUCCGUAAUAUUUCGAAGAAGCGGUGAUUUGAAAGAUAUAGAAGAUAUUGCAUAUCGUAUAGGACUCGUUCGUUUUUAGUCUACAUUAAUCAAAAUGGCUUCUCCUCAACAACCCACUGCUCCCAUCAGCCCCAACCUUUUGUCUGAGCAAAAGAACUCCACCUUCGUCUUUGACUUCCUUAUGGGUGGUGUUUCUGCUGCUAUCUCCAAGACUGCUGCUGCCCCCAUUGAGCGUGUCAAGCUUUUAAUUCAAAACCAAGAUGAAAUGAUCCGCGCUGGCCGUCUUUCUCACCGUUACACCGGUAUUGGUGAGUGCUUCAAGCGUACUGUCGCCGAUGAGGGUGUCGUUUCUCUCUGGAGAGGUAACACCGCUAACGUUUUGCGUUAUUUCCCUACCCAAGCCUUGAACUUUGCUUUCAAGGACAAGUUCAAGGCCAUGUUUGGUUACAAGAAGGACAAGGAUGGCUAUGCCAAGUGGAUUUUUGGUAACUUGGCCUCUGGUGGUGCUGCUGGUGCCACUUCUCUUUUGUUUGUCUACUCUUUGGAUUAUGCUCGUACCCGUUUGGCCAACGACGCCAAGUCUGCCAAGAAGGGUGGUGAGCGCCAAUUCAACGGUUUGAUUGAUGUCUACCGUAAGACUCUUGCUAGUGACGGUCUCCGUGGUUUGUACCGUGGUUUCGGUCCUUCCGUUGCCGGUAUCGUUGUCUACCGUGGUUUGUACUUUGGUGUCUACGAUACCUUGAAGCCCAUUGUCUUGGUCGGUCCUUUGGAAGGUAACAUCUUGUCCUCUUUCUUGCUCGGUUGGUUCGUCACCAUUGGUUCCGGUAUUGCUUCUUACCCCUUGGAUACCGUCCGUCGUCGUAUGAUGAUGACUUCUGGUGAAGCCGUCAAGUACAGCUCUUCCUUCCAAUGCUUCAGCCAAAUCAUUGCCAAGGAAGGUCCUCGCUCUUUGUUCAGAGGUGCUGGUGCUAACAUUCUCCGUGGUGUUGCCGCUGCUGGUGUCCUUUCUAUUUACGAUCAAGCUCAGCUUUUGAUUGCUGGCAAGAAGCUUUAAAUAGCAUGAAUGCCUAUUUUUAAGUACCUAACUUUUGCUUUUCACGAUUUCCCCACCUUUUAACAAAGUCUUGAGGAUGUUGGUUUAACUCUUUUUUAAAGAGAAAAAAAUUGGAAUUUUCGUGCAUGGAGUCUAUGCUCUAGUGCAUUAGCAGAUUUCAAAUUUCAAAGAGCCGGAGAGUAUAGUUCAUACAUAACCUUUGGUUUUUUUUCUCUUUGAUUCAAUUUUUCAUUAUUAUCACCUUACUAUCCCUAGACAGAAGAUGUUUUUAAAAAUCAUCGAAUUGAAAUACCUAUCUUUCUUUUUAACAAAGAUUCUUUGUGUUUACAGUCAUGAAUGAAUGUUACUGCAGUAUAUAUAAUCCGUCUCAUGGUGAGUCCAA